AUGUCUUCUUGUUCUAAAAACGCAGAAAGGAAGCUAGGUUUUCUCACUCGACCAACUAGGGUUAAGAACAAAAACCCUGCACCCAUUCAAAUCACAGCGGAGCAGAUUCUUCGCGAAGCUAGGGCACUCCAAGAGCCUAAAAUCCGUCCUCCAAAGCAGAAAAUCAUCUACGGAAAAGAGCUAGGCACUUACCAUCUUCGAAAGCGAAAGGAGUUUGAAGAUUUAAUCCGGCGAGUUGGAGGAUUAAACGUAAACGUAUGGAUUAAAUAUGCACAUUGGGAAGAGUCACAGAAAGACGUCAAUCGUGCACGUUCCGUUUGGGAAAGAGCCCUAGAACAACAAGUUCACUACAAAAACCAUACUCUAUGGUUAAAAUACGCUGAGUUUGAGAUGAAGAAUAGAUUCGUCAAUCAUGCAAGGAAUGUUUACGAUCGCGCUGUUAUUCUUUUACCGCGGGUCCAUCAAUUGUGGUAUGAGUACAUACAUAUGGAGAAGAUUCUUGGCAAUGUCGCCGGAGUUAGAGAGGUUUUCGAGAGGUGGAUGGAAUGGAUGCCUGAUCAGCAUGCAUGGCUCUCUUACAUAAAAUAUGAACUAAAGUACAAUGAAAUCGAACGACUUAGAGGAAUUUUCGAGCUUUUUGUUACAUGUCAUCCUAGUGUUGGUGCUUGGUUACGUUAUGCGAAAUUUGAGAUGAAGAAUGGUGAAGUUCCUAGGGCAAGAAGUGUUUAUGAAAGAGCUGUGGAGAAUAUUGCUGAUGAUGAUGAUGAAGCUCAGCAGCUUUUUGAAGCUUUUGCUGAGUUUGAACAAAGUUGCAACGAGAUAGAGCGUGCAAAGUGUAUUUCUAAAAUUGCACUUGAUCAUGUUCCCCCUAAGGGAAGAGCUAUGCUGGAAUCUUCUAUUUUUUGA